UGAGUGCAGGCGGACUGGUAUCAUUAAAAAGGCAUUCAGCCUUUACAGCUUGGCACUUUUGAUGGUCUUCAUCAUGGUGGUCGGUUGGGUCCAUAUAAGGAUAAGGCUACUGUUAGCCAGCUUCCUCUUUCUCUCUGUCUAUGGACAAACCUCAGGACCAUAUUUCAUGGUGACAUUUCCUGCAGUAAUAGAGUCUGGCUCUGAUGCAAAGUUCUGUGUGAGUCUUCUGAAGCCUAAUGAGACUCUGCAAAUGAACAUUUAUCUGGUUCACAACAACCAGAGCAGAACUCUUUUACAAGAGACAGUGGAAAAGGAGAUUCACCACUGCUCUCAUUUUGAGGCUCCACAGGUUGAGGGUGAAUCAGUGCAGGAGAUCAAAGUAGAAGUCAAAGGUGAAAGUUUUAAGAUGACAGAGAAAAGGAAAGUGAUGUUUAAAUCCUACAACACACUGGUAUUUAUUCAGACUGAUAAACCCAUCUACAAUCCAGGCCAAACAGUGAAUUUCAGAAUUGUCUCUAUGGAUUCUAAUUUCAUCCCAUUUGAACAAAAAUACAGCACAGUGAGUCUUCAGGAUAAUCAUCAGAACAGGAUUGGUCAGUGGACAAAUGUGUCCUCGAGAGGUCUGAUACUCCAGCUUUCUCAUGAGCUAAAUGCUGAAGCUCCACAGGGACUUUAUCAGUUAAUCGCUGACACUGGAAAUCGGUUGAUCACACACCAAUUUAAGGUGGAAAAGCAUGUUUUACCAAAGUUCGAAGUCACAGUAAAAGCACCAGAAGAACACAGUGUCGGUGAGGAGGAACUGAAGCUAGAAGUUUGUGGAAAGUACACUUAUGGACAACCAGUAGCUGGUCAAGCAGUGGUGCAGGUGUGCCGGACAUUUUGGCAGAGCUCUCAUGAGGCCCCAAUGAUUUCACCCUGUCUGAGUGAAACUGUGGAGAUGAGUCAAACUGGCUGUGCAUUUUCUUUCAUCAAUGUGUCAACCUUCAUGAAUACUGAAUUUGAACAUAAUUUUAGGAAUCAGCUUAAUGUUACUAUUACACUCACAGAGGAAGGAACAGACAUUGCCAUGGUGAAAUCCAAAACAAUAAACCUCUCUUUCAAAAUUGGUAAAGUGGAAAUCCUUGAUUCACCAACAAACUUUGAACGGGGAAAAGUUAUAGAAGGAAAGAUUAAAGUUACUACCUUCAGUGGAAGACCAAUUCCAAACAAGAAGGUGUAUCUUUCAGAAGGUGAACAGUGGUCUCAAAAGUUACUACUUAAUCUUACUACAGAUAGUAAUGGAUUAGCAAACUUCUCAAUCGCUUCACCUGAACAUCCUACAAGAGAGAUAAGAUUGAUGGCAAGUAUCUAUCCAGAGGAAAAAUGCCAUGCAUGCAAAACACCAUACUUUACAACUGCUAAUGCACGUAUACAGCUGCUCCAACCUGCCACACCUUAUAAUCCAGUAUUCAGUGAACUGUCAAUAGAGAGCUCAGAGGAACCAUUUAAGUGUGGUGCUGAAAUUCCCAUAACCAUUAACUACUAUAUUGUUGGGGAAACUACUGAAAGUUACAGUUUUGAUCUUAUAUACAUGGUCUUAUCUAAAGGAGCCAUAGUCCAUCAUGGGCAUGAGAAAGUUGAAAUGGAAGACUCUACAGAUGUCAGAAAAGGAAAAAUCUCAUUCAAACUAUCUGUUGUUGCUGAGCUGGCUCCUGUAGUGCAGGUGGUGGGGUACUCUGUCCUUCCCAGUGAGAACAUCAUUGCUGCUAGCAAGAAUUUUGAUGUGGAAAAAUGUUUCAGAAAUAAGGUUUCGCUACAGUUCUCUCCUUCUAAAGCAGUUCCUGGUGAGAAGAACACUCUCGAGCUCACAGCUCAUCCUGGUUCACUGUGCGGCCUCAGUGUUGUGGAUCAGAGUGUGUUCAUCUUGGAGUCUGGAGAACGCCUAAACACUGACAAGAUAUAUGAAUUGUUACCAGUAACAUCAGUAUCAGAUUAUCCCAAUAUGGAUGAAGAUUAUCUGGAGUGCUUGCGUGUUAGACCCCGACGGGAUGAACAGAUUGACCAAGUUUACAAUACAUUAAAGGGAGUGGGGCUGAAGAUGGCAACAAAUUUGGCUAUUAGACAUCCUCGCUGUUUGAUAUACAAAGGUGUGGAGUAUCAUCGUGGUGAUGUUUAUGAAGAUUUUACAGAUUACUUCCUGUUAGAAUCACUAUCAUCAGGACCUUAUGAACCCAUCAAAACAGUUCGCAAAUUCUUCCCAGAAACUUGGAUAUGGCAACUUGUUGAAGUUCGGGACUCUGGAUCAGCACAGCUUCCUGUCACUGUUCCUGACACCAUCACCACUUGGGAGACAGAGGCUUUCUGCGUGUCCUCUAGGGGUCUGGGACUGGCUCCUCCUGUUCAGCUCACUGUAUUUCAGCCCUUCUUCCUGGAGCUCUCGUUGCCUUACUCCAUUAUCCGGGGAGAGGUUUUUGAGCUGAAGGCCACUGUCUUCAAUUAUCUUUCCAAAUGCAUUAUGGUUAAAAUGACUCCAGCGGCUUCCUCAGACUACACUCUGAAACCCUCUUCUGAUGGCGAGUAUUCAUCCUGCCUGUGUGCAAAUGGCAGAAAAACCUUCAAAUGGACUCUGAUUCCCACUGUGCUUGGAGUCUUGAAAGUGACAGUGAGUGCAGAGGCAGAACAAUCCCAGACUGUGUGUGACAAUAAGAUUGUGAGUGUUCCAGAAAGAGGCCGUAUUGACACAGUUACACGAAGCCUGAUUGUACAGGCUGAAGGAACUGAAAAGACAAAGAGCCAAAGCUGGUUAUUAUGCCCACAAGGCAACAGUGUUUCAGAGCAGUUGGAGUUGACUCUUCCUGAGGAUGUAAUAGAGGGAUCAACACGAGCUUCUGUCUCAGUACUUGGAGACAUACUUGGUCGUGCGUUAAAAAAUCUAGAUGGGCUGCUACAGAUGCCAUAUGGCUGUGGUGAACAAAACAUUGCACUCCUCGCCCCCAAUAUCUACAUUCUUCAGUAUCUAGAGAACACUGAGCAGCUCACCACAGCUAUCCGUGAGAGGGCUACAGGUUUCCUUAAGAGUGGAUACCAGAGGCAGCUAAACUAUAAACAUUAUAGCGGUGCAUAUAGCACAUUUGGCAGUGGAGAGGGGAACACAUGGUUAACUGCUUUUGUCUUGAGGACCUUUGGCAAAGCACAACGUUACAUCUUUAUUGAUCCAGAAAUCAUUAACAGUGCAAAGCAAUGGCUCAUAAGUAUGCAAAGAACAGAUGGCUGUUUUAUACGACAGGGACGCCUGUUCAGUAACAGAAUGAAGGGUGGUGUAAAUGAUGAUGUGACCAUUACUGCCUACAUCACUGCGUCAUUCCUUGAAUUGGGCAUUACAGUGCAGGAUCCUGUUGUGAAUAAAGGACUGUUGUGCCUAAAAUCUUCUAUUAGUCACCUGACAAACACCUACACCACUGCACUGUUGGCCUACACUUUCAGUCUGGCUGGAGAGAAUGACACUAGAGAGCACUUACUAAAAGAGUUGCAUAGUCUUGCUAUUACAGGAGAUGGUCGGCUUCACUGGUCUCAGUCAGCAUCAGAUGACUCUUGGGCCUUGUCAGUGGAAAUCAGUUCCUACGUGCUGCUAGCUGUUCUCACUGCAGGUCAACUCUCUGCUGCUGAUUUGGGAUAUGCUAAUAGGAUAGUCAGCUGGCUGGUGAAGCAGCAAAAUCCUUAUGGAGGCUUUUCAUCCACCCAGGACACAGUUGUGGCCCUCCAAGCUCUGGCUCUGUACUCCACUAAAGUGUUCAGCUCAGACGGCUCUAGCACAGUAACUGUAAAGUCAGCAGAUGGACACAGUCACACCUUUGAUGUGAACCAAAACAACAAGUUACUGUUCCAAGAAAGAUCAUUGCAGGAUGUUCCUGGCAAAUACAGCAUUGAAGUGAAGGGCUCCAGCUGUGUGUCAGUGCAGACAGCACUUUUCUACAAUGUCCCCACACCUACUCACACCAGUACACUGAGCAUCACGGCUACAACUGAUGGAAACUGCACAAAAUCAUUCGGACACACUCUGGCAAUCAAUUUCACUGCCACAUAUAAUGGGGCACUGAGCAGCACUAACAUGAUCAUAGUGGACAUUAAACUCUUGUCAGGCUUCACAGCAGAUCCUGGUGAACUGAAAAAUCAAAUUUUGGUGGAACGAGUUGAUUCCAAAGAUGACCAUAUUAUCAUGUAUAUAAAAGAGCUCCAAAGGAAUAUUCCUGUCAACUAUAAGCUACACAUUACACAGGUGCUUCCCGUCAAGAAUCUCAAGCCGGCGGUGAUCAGAGUUUAUGAUUACUACCAAACAAGUGACCAGUCUGAGACAGAGUACAACUCCCCCUGUGUGUAAGCUUCCAGAUCUGCAUUAAAGAUACAAAAAAGCUUUGGAUAUCUUCUGUGUGUUGGUUUUAUCUUGUGCACAAGAAAUUUUUGUGAAAUAAAUAUGUCUGACCUUUAAAGGGAUUUUUGCCAUACAUAUCUUCUAUGGCACUUCAUUUAUAAAUGACAGUUAAGAGCUUUUUAAUUAACCAUUUCACACUACAUCUCCCAGAACACCACACAGCCUACAGACAUGGCCGACGCGAAAUACAACACCCAGCACACGCGGACUCUGUCACAUACACAGUCGCUAUUAUACUAAUCACGCACAUCUGGACUCCAUUAUGAACCACACCAUAAAUACACACACAAACCCCACAGUUCACUGUAAAGUAUAUGAUCUGUGUCCUUGCUACCAGUUGUUACCAAGCCUUGUAUUUAGUGAUUCUGAUAUUCUGUUUUUUUUUUUAUUCUUAUCUUACCUUGUUUACCCUUUCGCCUGACCAUUGCCUGUUACCUGUUCUGAGUUUGCCUUAUGAUUUGGAUGUGUUUGCAAGCUUUCUAAAUAAAGCUGUUGGUACAUA